AUGAAUGUCUUAAAUAGUAAUAACUAAAAUGCUAAAUUUUAAAGUUAUCCAGAGCAGCCAUCUAGUGAUUUAGAAACUCUCUUAUAAUAAAAAUUGAACCAAUAAGAAUAAUUAAAAAUGAAACCUGAAGGUGAAGAUCUUUUUUUAAAAAGUGUUCAUUAUUAAUUAGCAGGUUUAAAAUCUAAAAAUUAAACACAAAUUUCUAAUAAUGAGUCUUUAAGUUUUUAAAUAGGUCUUAAGUUAGAGAAUAAGGAAAUUAUUAAAAGUGCUUAUAAAGAUGAGUCUAAAAUAAAUUCAAGAGAUUAAAAUCUAAGCAAAUAAUAAAAUCAAGGAAUUCUUAACUAAGGAAAGCUAAUAAAUAUAAGCUAAGUUAACUAAAAUAAUUUGUUACAUUUUGAUGAUUAAAAUGAAUUUAGUCUAUUUUAGGGAUAAAAUUCAAAUAAAUUUGAAGAUAUUUUAGCAACAAAAUAAUCCUAAUUAAAAAAAUAAAAACUCUAAGUUAAAGAAAUUACAAACAAUUUAAAUGUAAGAGAUCAUAGUUUAAAUAAAACUAGAGUGAAUAAUCUUAAAUAAUAAGAAAAGAAGGUUUACAAAUGA